AAUGAGCGACCAAAAAUUCAAAAUAAAUGUAACGCACCAUUACAGUGCAACCCUCGUAGAGUUAAAAAGAAAUCGAAAUGAUUGUUGUACAGCUAUUCUUGGCCGUAGCCGUUUGUGCUUUGUUUAUUCGUUUUAUCAACGGCAAUAAGCGUUUACCACCGGGUCCGCUGAGAUUGCCGGUAUUGGGUAGUGCAAUACAACUUUACCUAUCUCAUCCAACCGUUCCACAUCUGGCUCUGUCAAACUUGGCUGCUAAAUAUGGUGAAAUAUUUAGUUUUGGAUUUGGAAGUCAACUUGCUGUCGCUGUGUCCUCGUACGAAGCAUUAAGAGAAAUUUUUAGGCUUGAUGACACUAACCGCCGUCGCUAUCUAGUUCCGUUUGUUGAGGACAGAAAUUAUGGAAAGAAUCUCGGAAUCUUUUUCGGUGUUGGACGGAACUGGUUGGAUGUCAGAAUAUUCACAAAGAAAAUUAUGCGAAAAUUCGGAUACGGAAAUGUUAAAAUAAUGGAUCAGUCGUUGAUCGAUUCGGCUAAUCAACUCAUUGAUAGCAUAAAAACGCUUCUUUUGGACAACAACGAUGGAACGUUUGCGGUUAAAACUUCGAUAUUUUCCGUUCACGUUCUUAAUGUCUUAUGGACUACAGUCGGAGGCUACAAAUUCGAUCCAAACGAUGAACUUUUGAUCCGAAACAUGAAUUGUCUGGACAAGGCAGCGCAUGUUUACGGAAACCAGAACCUGUACAAUGUGUUCCCAUUUUUGAAGAGCUGGUUUCCGUCUUUGGUCAAUUAUCCAGAGCAUUUGAAGAUACACGAAGAAAUUCACGGAUUUACCAAAUUUCUUGUAAACGAUGCUAAAGAAAGACGAAGCCAGCGCUUGGAUUCCGAGCCAACGUCGUUUAUCGAAAUAUUUUUAGAUAAAAUUGAUGAACAUCAUGGCAACCCGGACACCAUUUAUACCGAGGAACAGUUGGAAAUUAUUCUGGAAGAUUUAUUGUUCGGUGGUCUGGAAACGACUGGAACCCUUCUGAAUUGGUCCAUACUGUAUAUGGUCCUCAAUCCGGAUAUACAAAAUAAAGUUCGACAAGUGAUUCAGUCUAAAAGAACCAAUCAAACUCUCCUGAUGCCUGCUGUGGAAUUGAAAAGAAUACCUUACGUCAAGGCCACGAUUUUGGAAAUAUUUCGGUGUGGAAAUGUUGCCCCUACCCCUGUUCCUAGGUUAGCAACUGGAGAUAUUCAAUAUCGAGAUUACAUCCUACCAAAGGGUACCUUACUGUUCUACAAUUUGGAGCCGAUUUUCAGCGACAAGAAAUUUUGGAAAGAUCCCGAAACAUUCCAACCGGAACGAUUUUUGAACGAGAACGGCGAAAUCAAUCAAUCAGCAUCCGAAAAGAUAUCGGGAACAGUAUUUGGUGUUGGAGCAAGGACGUGUUUUGGUGAAAAUGUCGGCCUGGAUUCACUAUAUACUUACUUUGCGGCAUUGAUAGUCAAUUUCAAAUUUGAUGUUAUUCCGGGACAAGAACCAUCAGCAGAUAAUUACACUUCUAAUUUUACCAAAUACCCUAAUACUUACAGUGUGAAAGUAACAAAGUUAUCCGCUUGAUUCCCAAAACCCAGUUUUAACAAUAAAAAGA